CCUCCUCUCGUCUCUCUCUCCUCUCUCUCUCGUCUCUCUCUCUCUCUCUCUCUCUCUCUCUCUCUCUCUCUCUCUCUCUCUCUCUCUCUCUCUCUCUCUCUCUCUCUCUCUCUCUUUCUCUCUCUCCCUCUUACCCUUGUCUGUCAGUGUGAUCAAUGGCUUGACUUCCUCUUUUUGCUAAGGCUGUAGGCUGUAUACAAGAACACAGGAUUCGCCUGGUGCUGCUCUCAGUUUCACAGCAGCAGCAGCAGCCAGCAGUGCUUGAAGACAAUUAUAUCUAGAAAACACGCCGGAUUCCCUCUGCAGUCAAGAUGAGUGCAGGGGAUGUGGUCUGCACCGGCUGGCUCAUCAAAUCUCCCCCUGAGAAGAAACUAAAGAGAUAUGUGAGUAGGGGAACAGGCUGGGCGGGUGGCUGGCUUCUGUGCUAUUCUGAUGCAUUUUACCCAAGCAGUAGUAGUACCAGUUCCUGCUGCAGAGCAGUGUGUAUGUGUGGGAUUCUCAGCCAUCAACACAACUGCACUGCAAUGCCGUUAGUUCACAAGAUACUGUUGGUUUAUUUUCCGAAAUGAAGCUUGUAGAGGCAUGUAGAAUCAUGACCAUUACAUGCCUUUUUGUAAACAGUGUUUUCAUGCAACCUCACCUGUGUUUUCCUCCUCAUUUUUAUAGUAGUGACCAUUAAUUACAUACUGUAUGACAUGCUGGUCAUGCUGAAAAUAAAAUGUUGAUGCCCUUCAGCAAAUGCAAAUGUAUUUGAAACAUAGAAACUGCUUAUAAACCAUUAUGUUUACAAUUUUGAACUUUGUUUAGAAUUUCAUAAUUUGCAAAUGGGGUUGCCUCUUAUUAAUAAUUCAAGUGCAGUAUACUCUAAUGCUAACAUGUCUGGAUUAGCGUGUUUGACCAGAAGUGAACUGAGACAAGUGCCUUGCAUGGCAAUCUGCAGUGUUUCUGUAGGGGUCAUGUGAGAGUGUUGUUGUGUUGUGUAUGGAGGAAAGGGGGAGGCUACCCAUUCUGGGAUGUGUAUUGUGACUGUUGGUCUCUCAUUCUGUGAAAAUUUGGGAGGUAUUGCAAAACAUGGGAAGUACUGUCACUGCCUAGCAGUAUGAAAUGACCAGGCUUUAUGAUGGCUGUUUGCACUUCCUCUCUACAGAGGAGAGAGGAGGAGGGCUUUUCUGAAAACUAGCACAGAGAAAGGGGGGCAGUGAUAAUUCACUGGAGGGAGAGUCACUUAAGAGACACAAUUUGGUGGGAAAUAGUUCAAGGGCUUUGUGGAGGACACAGACAAACAGGAAGGAAAUGGUUUUCCAUUGCAAGGACCAGACUAGCCAAACUCAACAGCAAAGUGUGUGGGCAUACGUUGGACUCCUUACACACACCAAGUGACGGCCCAGAGCAGGUAGCUCUUAGAAACAUUGAUGAUCAGACUCAGAUAAUCAGAGUGUAAGUCACAGACAGUUAAAAUUCUCCAACACAGAGGUCACAGCUACCAUUGCUAGUGGCCCAUGCUGUUGUAAACAAGGGUAAAAAAAAGAAUGUAAGGUAAAAUAGUAAUAUGUUCACAUUUUCUAUAUAACAUAAUAAUAGUGUUAUACAGAAUAUCAUGGGGGAACAUGAUCCAAACAAAAAUAUUAUGAUUUAGAAAUUGAAACAUCAUUCUCAAUAGAAUAGGCCUAGUUUAUUUUACAGCAGAGUUGAGCUCACGCUCAAUAAGGUAGUUAUCACCCACAACAAGGAAGUGUUUUCAUGCAUGAUUCUAUAGAGGUUUCUAGAGCGUGAGUAUAUUUCCCGUUAGCGGGUUAAUUAUUCUCACAUUAUGCAUUUUAAAUGUGAUUUGACACUCUGAAAAUGUACCACUGAUGAGGGACAUGAGCUUCCCUGCUUUCUGUCUCUCUGCUCUCUACUAGCACUGUGUGAUGCAAAUUAGGAUUUGCAACUCGUCCACUGUUUAUGGUUGAUUUGAAUAGUAUAGGCACACCAAGCCAGAGUUUUGGUUUUAAACAAACAAACAAACAAACAGUCUGAGCAUGUUCAUAACUCUCUAGAAAGAUCAUCACAAAGAGAUAUAAUGUAUUCCCGAAUUGGUGGCUGGUGGGUUAUAGCACACAUUUACUUUGUCAACUGAGAUAGGAAAAAUUGCUAAUACCUCUGCCUCUUCAAAACAAAUCACGUAUUCUUUAUGGUAGGUUGUUUCACCAAAUGUACUCUCAAAGCUCAAAAACUGCUGUUUCAUUUUAGGUCAUCUAGUGUUCCAUGCCAAAAGACUUCUGACUAAUUGAAUAAUGCAUAUGAAUCACCUGAAUGCUGAAUUUAUGAGGCAACGGUACAAAAAUGUACAACUCCUGCUAAAAAGGUGGAAUUGGAAAUGGCUUUAAAUAAUACAUGGGUGAAGUUUGAAACAGACAUAGUAUUGAGGUCAGUCAUGAAUAUUUGACAGUUAGAAUAUAGAUGGACCUAUGACUCAUAGCCCAUGUGAGUGACCAUGAGGUCAUCACGAUCAAGACCAAAACAUUAACAAUACUUCAUUUAGGCCUACUUAUUCAGUAUCAAAAUGAAGAGUGCCAGCUAAGCAUCAAAUUCCCAUAGCAUUACAGAAAACAAAACCCCUCCUAUACCAAUCAGUAUCCAUACUGGCAUGAAAAACCCAUAUCAGCAGAAAAAGAGGUUGCCUUUUUAAUCUUCCCCAAUAAGUCCCCAAUAAGUUAGUGACCCACUGCAAUACAAAUAGGUUUUUGUUCGUGUCAGACAUUCUUUUUGACAUAGAAUUAACUUACUCUUCUCAGCACUUCUGGGUAAUAUUGUUGUCAGUUCCAGUACCAAAAGCAAGAAAAAGGGUGUUGUCUAUAGUUGAGGUAAAUUAAGGUUUUGUAGCUAAACUUGCCACUGAACAUGUUCAGAAGAGCAGUCAUACAUUUUCCUUGUAUGUUCCACGAUUAAUUGUGUGUGACAAACUGAUUGACACAGGUCACAAUGCUGGAGACUACAUGAGGAUAUAAGACAGUGCUUUGUACAAAUCAUCUUUAGUCACGGUCAGGGGACAUAAAAAUAGUUAAAAAAAAUCUGUAUUGAGCUACCAUGCUCAGAUUGUUCACUGAUAAUGGCGCCUUGCUUCUAGCUCUUAGGAAACUUUGCAGUAUUUUGUUUUUUAUGUAUUAUUUCUUACGUUAUUAGCCCAGAAUUUUUGUUUUGUUAUUACAUACAGCCGGUAUGAACUAUUGGAUAUCAGAGCGGCGGUAACUCACCAGCACUACCAGCAUUACGACCAGGAAUACGACUUUCCCGAAGCGGAUCCUUUGUUCGCACCCCCCAGGGCAAUUGAACUGAUUCCAGAGGCCGACCCAAAACAACGCCGGCCGAGGAGAGGUACUCGGAGCGCUCUUCUAGUCCGAUUUAGGAGGCAUGCAAACCACCCACUGCUUCCGAGUAUAUUACUCGCUAAUGUUCAGUCUCUGGAUAAUAAAGUUGACGAGCUCAGGGUGAGGGUUUCUUUCCAGAGAGACAUCAGGGAUUGUAACAUACUCUGUUUCAUGGAAACAUGGCUCUCUCGGGAUAUACUGUCCGAGUCGGUCCAGCCAGUUGGGUUCUCAGUUCAUCACACAGACAGGAAUAAAUAUCUCUACAGAUGCACAAUUGCGAGCAUCCUGUCGCGCUAUAUCACCGCCUGGUACGACAACUGCACCGCCCGCAACUGCAGGGCUCUCCAGAGGGUGGUGCAGUCUGCCCAACGCAUCACCAGGGGCAUACCAGCCCUCCAGGACACCUACAGCACCCGAUGUCACAGGAAGGCCAAAAAGAUCAUCAAGGACAACAACCACCCGAGCCACUGCCUCUUCACCCCGCUAUCAUCCAGAAGGCGAGGUCAGUACAGGUGCAUCAAAGCUGGGACUGAGAGACUGAAAAACUGCUUCUAUCUCAAGGCCAUCAGACUGUUAAAUAGCCUUCACUAGCACAUUAGAGGCUGCUGCCUAUAGACAUAGACUAGAAAUCACUGGCCACUUUAAGAAAUGGAACACUAGCAACUUUUAAUAAUGUUUACAUAUCUUGCAUUACUCAUCUCAUAUGUAUGUACUGUAUUCUCUACUAUUCUACUGUAUCUUAGUCCAUGCCACUCUGACAUCGCUCGUCCAUAUAUGUACAGUGAGGGAAAAAAGUAUUUGAUCCCCUGCUGAUUUUGUACGUUUGCCCACUGACAAAGAAAUCACUGGCCACUUUAAUAACGUUUACAUAUCUUGCAUUACUCAUCUCAUCUGUAUAUACUGUAUUCUAAACUAUUCUACUGUACAGUGCCUUGCAAAAGUAUUCACCCCCGUUGGCGUUUUUCCUAUUUUGUUGCAUUACAACCUGUAAUUUAAAUUGAUUUUUAUUUGGAUUUCAUGUAAUGGACAAACACAAAAUAGUCCAAAUUGGUGAGGUGAAAUGAAAAAAAUAACUUGUUUCAAAAAAUUAUACAAAAUAAACAACGGAAAAGUGGUGCGUGCAUAUGUAUUCACACCCUUUGCUAUGAAGCCCCUAAAUAAGAUCUGGUGCAACCAAUUACCUUCAGAAGUCACAUAAUUAGUUAAAUAAAGUCCACCUAAGUGUCGCAUGAUCUGUCACAUGAUCUCUGUAUAUAUACACCUGUUCUGAAAGGCCCCAGAGUCUGCAACACCACUAAGCAAGGGGCACCACCAAGCAAGCGGCACCAUGAAGACCAAGGAGCUCUCCAAACAGGUCAGGGACAAAGUUAUGGAGAAGUACAGAUCAGGGUUGGGUUAUAAAAAAAUAUCCGAAACUUUGAACAUCCAACGGAGCACUAUUAAAUCCAUUAUUAAAAAAUGGAAAGAAUAUGGCACCACAACAAACCUGCCAAGAGCGGGCCGCCCACCAAAACUCACAGACCAGGCAAGGAGGGCAUUAAUCAGAGAGGCAACAAAGACACCAAAGAUAACCCUGAAGGAGCUGCAAAGCUCCACAGAGGAGAUUGGUGUAUCUGUCCAUAGGACCACUUUAAGCCAUACACUCCACAGAGCUGGCCUUUACGGAAGAGUGGCCAGAAAAAAGCCAUUGCUUAAAGAAAAAAAUAAGCAAACACGUUUGGUGUUCACCAAAAGAGAAGGUACUCUGGUCAGAUGAGACUAAAAUUGAGCUUUUUGGCCAUCAAGGAAAACGCUAUGUCUGGCGCAAACCCAACACCUCUCAUCACCCCGAGAACACCAUCCAGUGAAGCAUGGUGGUGGCAGUAUCAUGCUGUGGGGAUGUUUUUCAUCGGCAGGGACUGGGAAACUGGUCAGAAUUGAAGGAAUGAUGGAUGGCGCUAAAUACAGGGACAUUCUUGAGGGAAACCUGUUUCAGUCUUCCAGAGAUUUGAGACUGGGACGGAGGUUCACCUUCCAGCAGGACAAUGACCCUAAGCAUACUGCUAAAGCAACACUUGAGUGGUUUAAGGGGAAACAUUUAAAUGUCUUGGAAUGGCCUAGUCAAAGCCCAGACCGCAAUCCAAUUCAGAAUCUGUGGUAUGACUUAAAGAUUGCUGUACCCCAGCGGAACCCAUCCAACUUGAAGGAGCUGGAGCAGUUUUGCCUUGAAGAAUGGGCAAAAAUCCCAGUGGCUACAUUUUUACAUUUUAGUCAUUUAACAGACGCUCUUAUCCAGAGCGACUUACAGUUCAGUGAGUGCAUACAUUUUCAUACUGGCCCCCCGUGGGAAUCGAACCCACAACCCUUGCGUUGCAAGUGCCAUGCUCUACCAACUGAGCUACACGGGGGGUCGAUGACUAGAUGUGCCAAGCUUAUAGAGACAUACCCCAAGAGACUUGCAGCUGUAAUUGCUGCAAAAGGUGGCUCUACAAAGUAUUGAUUUACGCUCAAGUUUUCUGUUUUUUUUUCUUACUUCUGUUUGUUUCACAAUAAAAAAUAUUUUGCAUCUUCAAAGUGGUAGGCAUGUUGUGUAAAUCAAAUGAUACAAAUAUAGGAAAAAUGCCAAGGGGGGUGAAUACUUUCAUAAGCCACUGUAUGGCCAAUAUACCAUGGCUAAGGGCUGUGUCCAGGCACUCCGUGUUGCGUCGUGCAUAAAAACAGCCCUUAGCCGUGUUAUAUUGGCCAUAUAGGGCUCCCGAGUGGCACAGCGGUCUAAGGCACUGCAUCUCAGUGCUUGAGGCGUCACUACAGACCCCCUGGUUUGAUUCCAGGCUGUAUCACAACCGGCCGUGAUUGGGAGUCCCAUAGAGCGGCGCACAAUUGGCCCAGCGUCGUCCGGGUUUGGCCGGUGUAGGCCGUCAUUGUAAAUAAGAAUUUGUUCUUAACUGACUUGCCUGGUUAAAUAAAAUAUACCACACACCCUCGGGCCUUAUUACUUAAGUCUAUUAAUACAUGCAACAGUACAGUAUGUUGAUCUGUCUGGCUCCCUGUAUCCUAGGCAUGGAGGAGGCGAUGGUUUGUUCUUCGAAGAGGACGUAUGAGUGGGAACGCAGAUGUGUUGGAGUACUACCGAAACACGACCUCAAAGAAGCCCAUCCGCACCAUCGACCUGAGAGAGUGUGAGGUUCAGAUGCAGAUGGAGCAACGCCUGGUCAAGAGGGAGUUCCAGAACCAGCACAUAUUUGUUGUCAAGACGUCGUCUCGCAUUUUCUACCUGGUGGCCAAGACUGAGGAAGAGAUGAACAGUUGGGUCAGUCAGAUCAGGGAGAUCUGUCACUUUGGACCUCUCGAUGAUGGGACAGGUAAGGAGCUUUACACAGUUCAAUACGGUCACAGUUUAAACGCCUUGGGUGUCAGAAAUGCGCUUUACAAAUUAAAUGAAUUAUUAUAAUUAGUUACAAAAUCACAUUAAUGUGUUCAAUUUCUACAAAGAAUAUAGAGAAACACUGUUUGGUAUUCAACUCUUGUUGGAGGAUUUCGUCCUGUGACAUACAGUAAGUAUGUGUGUGCAUGUGUGUGUGUAGAGUAGGCAUGUUUAGGGAAGGUUGUCUAUAUUCAAGACUGAGAUAACAAACCAUUUAGGUGAGUCUGAUGAUUUCUCUGUGUUAGAAAUUGUCAUGAGCAUCGUAAAAAUGUCUUGAGACAUGACUGGUAAAUCAAUGAGUGGACAAUAUUAAUUUGUCAUGUGCAGUUUUUCAUUGCAUUUAAAGGAGAAGUUUGAAUUAGUGUUUAUUCUCAUUAAUGCUCCAGGCCAAGUAUGAUGCUGACUCUAAAGUUCUUGGCUGUUAAAGUCCCUGGGCUCAAGAAAUGUACUGAUGUCCCUCAAGGACAUAUUGUAAUAUAUGAUUUAUUGAUGGUAACUAUUUUAAGAGUAUUAGGUUGAGGUUAGAUACCUGUUUCGCAAAAGGGCCCUGACGUACAAUCAGAAAAGUGCACACUAAAUGAUAGACACACACGUAUGCACACACACACACACACACACACACACACACACACACACACACACACACACACACACACACACACACGCACGCAUGCACACAUCUACCUCAAUGUUGUAGCAAUAAUCAAAUCAGAAGCAUUUUGCAGAGAGCUUCUGAUUACAAACAUAAAGUAAAGCAGUGGACAGUGCUGCAGUAAAAUGUGAUUUAUUUUACCCAAUUCAGUUACAAGCUAUCUUUCUCUGUGAAACUCAUAGUGCCAUAGAUAUUACAACUCUCCACAGGCAUGCAAGUUCAGCUAGGGUGAUGCUUGAACAGUUAGACACCAAGCUCUCUUGCCUUCAUGUCCUAUUAACUCCAAACCAGGGGGAGAGCUGUGGAUAAGAGCUGUCAGUUGGAACAUUUAGUUAAACAUUGUUCUGUGUGGAGCAGAUAGGGCCAACUACAUGAUCUCCAGACAAAGAGAAGAGAUUAUAGCCCAGAGGAACAGUGGCAAACCCCAGGCUUACACAUUACUGGGAAUGAUAACACAAUGUCAGACAUUCAGUCAAUGAAAUCCUGAACUAGUUUACUAUUCAGUACACACAAAAAAAAAACUUCCAUUGUGUAAAAAAACACAGCAGAUACUGCCACAAUUGUAUUAUUUUCUGCAGUUUCAUGUGCUGAAAAAAUAACAGCUUUAGGCUCUGCCAUGAUGUUACAAUAUGCCUCUUAUAGAUACUAUAAAGUACUUACAGCAUUCAGUAUUCAAAGAUGAAAAUAAUUUUCAAAUAGCAGUUACAGUGUAUCUCAUUGUCUCCAGAAAUAUGAAUACACAAAGCUAUGAUAGACCAAACCGUUAUAUUCUACCACAUGGUGAUACUCACACUCAUACUUUGGUCUUUAUAACUAUACUGAACAAAAAUAUAAACACAACAUGAAACAAUUUCAAAGAUUUUACUGAGUUACAGUUCAUAUAAGGAAAUCAGUCGAUUUACAGUGGGGAAAAAAAGUAUUUAGUCAGCCACCAGUUCUCACACUUAAAAGGAUGAGAGAGGCCUGUAAUUUUCAUCAUAGGUACACGUCAACUAAAAAUUCCAGAAAAUCACAUUGUAGGAUUUUUAAUGAAUUUAUUUGCAAAUUAUGGUGGAAAAUAAGUAUUUGGUCACCUACAAACAAGCAAGAUUUCUGGCUCUCACAGACCUGUAACUUCUUCUUUAAGAGGCUCCUCUGUCCUCCACUCGUUACCUGUAUUAAUGGCACCUGUUUGAAAUUGUUAUCAGUAUAAAAGACACCUGUCCACAACCUCAAACAGUCACACUCCAAACUCCACUAUGGCCAAGACCAAAGAGCUGUCAAAGGACACCAGAAACUAAAUUGUAGACCUGCACCAGGCUGGGAAGACUGAAUCUGCAAUAGGUAAGAAGCUUGGUUUGAAGAAAUCAACUGUGGGAGCAAUUAUUAGGAAAUGUAAGACAUACAAGACCACUGAUAAUCUCCCUUGAUCUGGGGCUCCACGCAAGAUCUCACCCCGUGGGGUCAAAAUUAUCACAAGAACGGUGAGCAAAAUUCCCAGAACCACACGGGGGGAUCUAGUGAAUGACCUGCAGAGAGCUGGGACCAAAGUAACAAAGCCUACCAUCAGUAACACACUACGCCGCCAGGGACUCAAAUCCUGCAGUGCCAGAUGUGUCCCCCUGCUUAAGCCAGUACAUGUCCAGGCCCGUCUGAAGUUUGCUAGAGUGCAUUUGGAUGACCCAGAAGAGGAUUGGGAGAAUGUCAUAUGGUCAGAUUAAACCAAAAUAUAACUUUUUGGUAAAAACUCAACUCGUCAUGUUUGGAGGACAAAGAAUGCUGAGUUGCAUCCAAAGAACACCAUACCUACUGUGAAGCAUGGGGGUGGAAACAUCAUGCUUUGGGGCUGUUUUUCUGCAAAGGGACCAGGACGACUGAUCCGUGUAAAGGAAAAAACGAAUGGAGCCAUGUAUCGUGAGAUUUUGAGUGAAAACCUCCUUCCAUCAGCAAGGGCAUUGAAGAUGAAAUGUGUCUGGGUCUUUCAGCAUGACAAUGAUCCCAAACACACCGCCCGGGCAACGAAGGAGUGGCUUCGUAAGAAGCAUUUCAAGGUCCUGGAGUGGCCUAGCCAGUCUCCAGAUCUCAACCCCAUAGAAAAUCUUUGGAGGGAGUUGAAAGUCUGUGUUGCCCAGCGACAGCCCCAAAACAUCACUGCUCUACUGCUCUAGAGGAGAUCUGCAUGGAGGAAUGGGCCAAAAUACCAGCAACAGUGUGUGAAAACCUUGUGAAGACUUACAGAAAACGUUUGACCUGUGUCAUUGCCAACAAAGGGUAUAUAACAAAGUAUUGAGAAACUUUUGUUAUUGACCAAAUACUUAUUUUCCACCAUAAUUUGCAAAUAAAUUCAUUAGAAAUCCUACAAUGUGAUUUUCUUGAUUUUUUUUCCUCAUUUUGUCUGUCAUAGUUGACGUGUACCUAUGAUGAAAAUUACAGGCCUCUCUCAUCUUUUUAAGCGGGAGAACUUGCACAAUUGGUGGCUGACUAAAUACUUUUUUUCCCCACUGUAAAUAAAUUCAUUGGGCCCUAAUCUAUGGAUUUCACAUGACUGGGAAUACAGGUAUGCAUCUGUUGGUCACAGAUACCUUAAAAGAAAAGUAGGGGCGUGGAUCAGCAAGCCAGUCAGUAUCUGGUGUGACCACCAUUUGCCUCAUGCAGCGCGACACAUCUCCUUCGCAUAGAGUUGAUCAGGCUGUUGAUUGUGUUCUAUGGCAUGUUGUGCCACUCCUCUUCAAUGGCUGUGCAAAGUUGUUGAACGGGAACACGCUGUCUUACACGUCGAUCCAGAGCAUCCCAAACGUGCUCAAUGGGUGACAUGUCUGGUGAGUAUGCAGGCCAUGGAAGAACUGGGACAUUUUCAGCUUCCAGAAAUUGUGUACAGAUCCUUGCAACAUGGGGCCGUGCAUUAUCAUGCUGAAACAUGAGGUGAUGGCGGCGGAUGAAUGGCACGACAAUGGGCCUCAGGAUCUCAUCACGGUAGCUCUGUGCAUUAAAAUUCCCAUCAAUAAAAUGCAAUAGUGUUUAUUGUCUGUAGUUUAUGCCUGCCAAUACCAUUACCCCACAAGGUGCACCUGUGUAAUGAUCAUAAUGUUAAAUCAGCUUCUUGAUAUGCCACACCUGUCAGGUGGAUGGAUUAUCUUGGCAAAGGAGAAAUGCUCACUAACAGGAAUGUAAACAAAUUUGUGCACAACAUUUUAGAGAAAAAAACUUUUUGUACAUAUGGAAAAUUUCUAGGAUAUUAUAUUUCAGCUCAUGAAAAAUGGGACCAACACUUUAUAUGUUGCAUUUAUAUUUUUGUUCAGUGUAUAAUUACCUCAGUUACUGAAAGCCCAACAGAGAUGAUUGCCAGUAAUGAAGUAACGGCAAUCUAUUAGUUAAGCAAUGUGUGAAUGAUGAGAACAUUGAUGUUUCCUCGUAUAUAGAUCUCAGGCUCCUGUCUGCAUGUUCUCACCGCUCAACUAAACCAUUUUAACAGAAAACUAAUAGUUAUAGCUAUGUUCUACUAGUCAGCACCUCGCCUCAAAUAUUGUCAAUAGAAAAUUCAAACACAUGAAUGCACAGCACACAGUCACAAACUACAGUAUGUACUGUAUAUGGUUUGGAAAAGUAAAGAAAUACUUACUUUUUCCAUAUUUACACUGCAUGGUCUUUCUUUUCUCAUUCUUAUGUUUUAUGGUGCUGGUCAAAUAAUGGUUACUCUACACAUGUCACAUAUUUACACAACAUGGACUGAGUAUACAAAACAUUAAGAACACCUUCUCAGGCAUUGACCAGGUGCAGGGGUGCAACUCAAUAUUAGGAAGGUGUUCCUAAUGUUUGGUAUACUCAGUGUAUAACAUGUUUAUACAUACACAUGUGUUGUGGUUAUACUGUACCAUAGUGGACUUUUUAUUAGCAAAGGGGUUACUCAGUCUGAAUAGUUACAUGGUGUGGGCUUCGUUUACAGUAAGGGGGACAUGGACAAGGGCAAAAGCAUUAAAAGCACUGUACAAAUUCAUUCCACUGCCACCUGCUGGAGAGUACUGACAACUACGUUUCAGAGAUCACAUUUAUCAAGAGAGAUCAGGAUUCCUGUCUGACUCUCGCCCAAUGUCUGUGUAACAUUAUCCUGAGCCAGCCCAGAACUAAUGUAGAAACGAUGGAUUUCUUCUCUCUAUUCUCACUAUUCUCCCUCGCUCUCUCCACAUCUCUCUGUUUCUCAGAAUCAGAGGAAGGUUUCUCUCACACCCCAACCCCCCAGCAGCCUUCACCAGUGCUCUCCCGAAAUAUGUCAUUAAUUUCCAACCAUGACUUUAUGGCCAAUGGCAACAGCAGAGUGGAGAUGCCUAGCCAGAUGGAACCCAACCAUCCACUGGACUACCUCGUCCUCUCACAGUGUGAGACAGGGAGGUUCAGCAUCUCUAGGUAUGUAGCCUCUCAAACAUCAAGCUGGACACAAUAUCAACACCACACGUUGUUUAACCCUCUACUACACACAUUUAGUUUUUUCAUUGGAAAAAAGGUUAAUAAUAAAAUUAUAAUAGUUUGCCUACUUUCAGUUUAUGUGACAAAACAAGCAAGUAGAGUGUAAAGAAUCAUUGUACCAUCUAAACCGCUGUAAAAUAUAUUUUCAAUAACCAAAAAUAUUUUAUUUUCAGCUGUUUGAAGCUGGUGUACAAAACCGAAAGUACAAGACGCAAAAACGAAAUUUAAGAACAGAAAGCAUAGAAAUAGUGCACAUAGAACAGAUCUACCACUUCUUAGACUUGCUUUCAAUGAGAAUGACAUAUCUAUAACUCACAUUUCUAUGUGAAUUUGGUCAGGUCACCCAAAAAGUUACAUAUUGCAGCAAACAAAAAAUAAUACAUCGUAUUUUUUGAAGAUGUAGGCUUUCUGGUAAUGUAUCAAUAAUUUCAACAACAAAAAAUUACUUUUAACCCCCACACCCAGAUAUUUGUUUUGCCUCAGGGCAACUCUAUGCCAUAAGGGUACUAAAACACCAAGGAAAAUCUGAUAUUUUCAGAACAUUUAUUAAGUGAAAUACAGUAGAAACAAGACUAUUUUCAUAAGAAAAUACAAGUUGGGCAUAAACUAGUAUUUCAUUGCCUCUCAAACCUGAUUCUGGGGUCCAUUCUUCCUCACUGUCCUCAAGCUCACUGUCCUCACUAUCAGAGGGUAUGAUCCUAACUGCUCAAUUAGGCUCCUUGUGCCCUAGAGUUUUCCUGUGUCCAUUGCCUGUGAAUGUCAGUGGAUAUGUUGGAAAAAACAUUGACCAAGGCCAUCAUUUUAAUCAAAUUACAUGUCUUCCAUUGAGUAUGAUAUUGCCCUGAUAAGUAGCCUAACUGCUCAAUGUUGCCCUGAGGCAACAAAAUAUGUUAAAAACCUAUCAAAUAUGCUUCUUUAGAGGGUUGUCAAGUUAUCUCUAUUUAAACAUACAAAAUAAUUAAAUGUAUCUUACCCUUCGCUCACACCAUGCCCUCACGUCGCUCUGCUUCCUGAAGACGGUCCCUCCCCCAAUUGAUACAUCAUACCAACUUUUGCACCUCAUUGGAUUGUCAUAACAUAUUGUGAUGUUUAGGUUAAAUGAUGAUAAACGAUAAACACUGUAUUUUUCUUUGACUUUCUUUUAUAGAUGCGACAGCUUUUCAAACUCUGAGAGAUCUCUGGAACAAAAUUCAUCAGACGCUACUACUGAAGAUGUCUUCUCUUCACCCCUCGGCACUGAUCCUUCUCUGUCUCCCUUUGCCCACACUGCACCAUCUCCGUCCCCCUUCCCCCACACUGGACCAUCUCCGUCCCCUUUCCCCCACACUGGACCAUCUCUGUCCCCCUUCCCCCACACUGGACCAUCUCCGUCCCCUUUCCCCCACACUGGACCAUCUCUGUCCCCCUUCCCCCACACUGGACCAUCUCUGUCCCCCUUCCCCCACACUGGACCAUCUCCGUCCCCUUUCCCCCACACUGGACCAUCUCCGUCCCCCUUCCCCCACACUGGACCAUCUCUGUCCCCCUUCCCCCACACUGGACCAUCUCUGUCCCCCUUCCCCCACACUGGACCAUCUCCGUCCCCCUUCCCCCACACUGGACCAUCUCUGUCCCCCUUCCCCCACACUGGACCAUCUCCGUUCCCCUUCCCCCACACUGGAUCAUCUCCGUCCCCCUUCCCCCACAUAAGGACGCAUGACACCCCCUUCAGCGCACCAUGUGGCCCCACGUCAACCUCUUCCUCUCCUCGAACUCUCCAUCGUACACCAAAUGUCUUCCAGUUUGACAAGCCAUACUCUUCUGCCAUAUUGGAGGCAACUAGUGAUGGACUAACUCCCCCUCCUCUGCCCCCCAAGCCUGUCCACCUCUUAGAGCACCUCAGUGAUGACGGCUCCCACGGGCCUCUGGCAGGAAUUAGGCAGCGGCUCACAGGCCAACCUGCACUCAUCCCCCGGAGGAUCUCAUUGUCAGGCCUGCCAGACCACUUCAGAAGAGGUACAGUAUAUAACCAGCAGAGUCCUUCAGUCUAGGCCAGGGUUCCCCAACUGUGAUUUUAUUUCGACCCCCAAGUUUUCUGACAAUUAAAAAAUAUAUAUAUAUUGUUGGACAUCAGACUCUAAAAACACAAGGAAAUCAGCUCCAAGUGAUUUUAAUUUUGGAAAUCUGAUCCAAAGUAUUCCCACACAUAAUAGAGAUAUAUAUGUGAUUGUAUAAAAAUCUGAGCAAGGUUUGAAAUGAUUAUGUUUUAGUCAAAUAUGAUAUCUGUUCGGGCUUCUUGCGGUCAAUUUGUAGUCUCCAAAUUUCUAAUUACACUACAUGGCCAAAAGUAUGUGGACUUUGGCUCGUCGAACAUCUCAUUCCAAAAUCAUGGGCAUUAAUAUGGAGUUGGUCCCCCCUUUGUUGCUAUAACAGCCUCCACUCUUCUGAGAAGGCUUUCCACUAUAUGUUGGAACAUUGCUGCGGGGGCUUGAUGUUGGGUGAUUAGGCCUGGCUCGCAGUCGGCGUUCCAAUUCAUCCCAAAGGUGUUCGAUGGGGUUGAGGUCAGGGCUCUGUGCAGGCCAGUCAAGUUCUUCCACACCGAUCUCAACCAACCUUUUCUAUAUGGACUUCGCUUUGUGCACGGGUUCAUUGUCAUGGUGAAACAGGAAAGGGCCUUCCCCAAACUGUUGCCACAAAGUUGGAAGCAUAGAAUCGUCUAGAAUGUCAUUGUAUGCUAUACCGUUAAGAUUUCCCUUUACUGGAACUAAGGGGCCUAGCCCUAACCAUGAAAAACAGCCCCAGACCAUUAUUCCUCCUCCACCAAACUUUACAGUUGGCACUAUGCAUUGGGGCAGGUAGCGUUCUCCUGGCAUCCACCAAACCCAGAUUUGUCCGUCUGACUGCCAGAUGGUGAAGCGUGAUUCAUCGCUCUAGAGAACUCGUUUCCACUGCUCCAGAGUCCAAUGGCGGUGAGCUUUACACCACUCCAGCCGAUGCUUGGCAUUGCGCAUUGUGAUCUUAGGCUUGUGUGCGGCUGCUCGGCCAUGGAAACCCAUUUCAUAAUGCUCCCGACGAACAAUUCUUGUGCUGACGUUGCUUCCAGAGGCAGUUUGGAACUUGGUUGUGAGUGUUGCAUCCGCGGACAGACGAUUUUUAUGCGCUAUGCGCUUCAGCACUCGGCGGUCCCGUUCUGUGAGAUUGUGUGGCCUACCACUUCGCGGGCUGAACCGUUGUUGCUCCUAGACAUUUCCACAAUAACAGCACUUACAGUUGACCGGGGCAGCACUAGCAGGGCAGAAAUGUGACGAACUGACUUGUUGGAAAGGUGGCAUCCUAUGACGGUGCCACGUUGAAAGUCACUGAGCUCUUCAGUAUGGGCCAUUCUACUGCCAAUGUUUGUCUAUGGAGAUUGCAUGGCUAUUUGCUUGAUUUUAUAUACCUGUCAGCAAAGGGUGUGGCUGAAAUAGCCAAAUCUACUCAUUUGAGGGGGUGUCCACAUACUGUUCCAGCCCCCCGACCAUCCACUCAAUAAAAAAUAGGCCGCGGCUGAAUCUAGUUGAUGAUUCCUGGUCUAAGCCCUUCAUACCUGGCUCCAUAUACUGUAUGCUCAUCAAUGAGGUAUAUGUAAUAAAUAUAGUCAGCACAUGUAUUGAUUCUGACCUAACAUGUUUCCAACCACACAGUAUGCCUGGUGUCAUUGUUUCUGUUAUAUAACAUGACAACCACCUUCAUUAGUGAUAUUUCUGUCUUAUCUAGGAGACAUUGAGGGGAAUGCAUUGAGGAGCAGGAACAAAAGGCUCAGUCUCAAUUUGGUGAGAAAACAUGUACUUACAACGGAGGGGAACUGAAUGUUUUGCACAUAAUGUUGUUGAAUAGUUCAUAGCAGGGAAUAAUUCUUAACUGUCAUUCUUUCCUUCUUGAAUGUCAAACAACAAUAUAUGAUUUACAAGUGACUUAUUACAACAUUCUAGGCACUGGUGUACUUCAAAUUACUAAGUUGGUCUGGUCUUCUUGUCUUGUAGCCACAUGUCAUUGACACACAAAGUCCAUACUGCCAUGAGGACUCAUACGUGUCCAUGGCCUCUCCGCCUGUCUUUGUUGGUGAAGAUGUAUCGGACGGCUACGUCCCUAUGAGCCCCACUCCAAUCAGCUUCCUCAAGGCUAAUGGCAAAACAGAGGCCCCUCUCACUCCCACCCCCCUUUCCACUGCAUAUCUACAUGAGGAUCAAGAACCACCUCCAAUCAACAGGGAUCUCAAACCACGCAGGAGAGGUAAUGAGCAAAAAGGAAGUAAAAAAACAUGUCUAAAAGGGCUACAUAAUGUAUUUAAUCCUCAUUCUAGCAGUGGGUACUAAGUAGAGGAAGCAUAAAAAAUGCUUUCAUAAGCAUGUAUUUUGCUGAAAAGCACAAUGAAUAAGGUUUUCACAUUCUAUUGAAUCUUGUGACUCCCUGUGAAAGUGUCCUUUCGGGACAGUAUUUCCUGAGUCAACAUUUGCAGCAUGACUCUUUUUGAAAUAUUGCUGUUUCAACACAAAUGUCCUUUGUUGGGGGAAAAGUACAGCUGAUCAUUAUUGUCCGAUAGAGAAUUUGCCUCACCUCACCAUGUUGUUUCUCUGGUUCGCAGCACGGCCUCCACCACUGGACCUGAGGGGCCUGUCCACUAUCAGAGAAUGUCCGACUCAUAUGCCUUUGAUCAGAACCAUGACAGAGCCAGGGUGAGUCAGAAAUAUAACUCUCUUCAUCCUGAACUCUCAGCUCUCUUUCUGUCCAAAUUCUAAAAUGAAAAAAAAGCUGAAUUUAUUUGUGUGUUUGUUUGUGUUGUUCCCAGCAAUUCACUGCAAGGAAAACUGGGAUUUAAAGGAGACCAAGAAGCCAGCAUUCCAAUAGUAAAGUUACCUUCUAUAUUGACAUCACAAAUAUUUAUACAUACACUUUCAUUUCCGCAAUCUUCAGCGAGAAAUAAAGUACCCAAGUCACUUCAUAGGUAGACUGCUUCCCUCCCCUACCAUGAAUAAUUCAGCUGUUGUGUCUAAACUCUGAGUUCCAAACUGCCUAAAGCAGGGGAAUAAAGCUUUGAGCAUCAUGAUUAUUUAUUCAUGUUUGGGGUACCAAGAAAGGAUUAAAAUAUUACAAUUGAUAUUCACCUGAAACUAGCAAUACAAAAUGGAAAAUGUUCAGUAUUGGUGAACCAUAUGACAUAACAUAUUCAGAGAUCAAAAAUAUGGAUGAAUGUGAGGUGAGACUCAUUGUAACUGAGAUUCCUUUAAUUUCAGGAGUCAAGGCAACAGCUCUUCUCUACAAACGAGGGAGCCUCCCAGCCGUGGCUUAGGAGAUCAAACCUCGACUACCUUUCACUGGAUUUCAAUUCUGCAUCCCCCUCUCCUGUGCAAAAGGUAAGCUUGAUUGAAUAGACAGAGGUCAAAUGGUAGGAAUGGGUUUUGUUUCCAAAGCAAGACAUUGAUUUGAUUUGAUUUGACAAUUUAAAAAACAUAAGAAUGUUACACCAGGCAACAGAUACAUAUACCAAAAUUGUUUAGGAUUAUAUACACAAAAAAGUCAAAAUACUUGUUUCCAUUGUGGUUCUCUCAUUAUGGUCCUCUCACUGAAUCAAUUCAACCAUUUAACAGCAUUAGAAGUGCCUGUCUUUCACUUUGAGCUGCCACUGGCAGCUUUAAAGGACCUACAUUUACCGUCAUCAUCCACUGCAAUUCCCUCUGUUCAUUCUAGUGUGUGUGGGCAUAUCAAGAAUGUAUUAAUCUACAGUAAUAUCACUUUGUCUCUGCCUGCUUAAUUGAUACACAUGACAGUUAACAGAUUGGUGUCAUACAUUUUAAUUAUUGCUACUAUAACCAAUCUAGGGGAAGAAUCUGACAUUUGUUGCUAUGCUCACUCUUAGGGUUUAAUCUGCAAUUGAAUGUGCAAUGCGCCUGUAUCUAGGAAACAGGUCCUUUAGGGACUCCAUAUAUAGAAUGCAUAGGGUGGCAGGUAGCCUAGUGGUUAGAGUGUUGAGCAGGUAACCGAAAGGUUGCUAGUUCGAAUCCCGAGCUGACAAGGUGAAAACGUGGUUGAUGUGUCCUUGAGCAAGGCACUUAACCCUAAUUGCUCCAGGGUCACACAUGAAUAUUAAUACAUGUGAAAUAGGACAAAUAAGCACCCACCAAAUUAUUGUAUUCUGUAUGUGACAUUUUCUUGAAGUGCCACUUUUGCAUUGACUCUUAUGUUAGAAAUCAAGCCAAAAUAUUGGUCUGUGUCACCAUCUGAGCAGUGGUGCAGAAUAGGUUUUCAUUUCAAUAGUACUUAAAACCACAUGUACUGGUCAGACCUUAAAACAGUGAACACCAUACAGUGCAUUCGGAAAGUAUUCAGACCCCUUGACUUUUUCCACAUUUUGUUACAUUACAGCCUUAUUCGAAAAUAGAUAAAAUAAAAAAUGUUCCUCAUCAAUCUACACACAAUACCCCAUAAUGACAAAGCGAAAACAGGUUUUUAGACAUUUUUGCAAAUGUAUUAAAGAUAAAAAACAGAAAUACCUUAUUUACAUAAGUAUUCAGACCCUUUGCUAUUAGACUCGAAAUUGAGCUCAGGUGCAUCCUGUUUCCAUUGAACAUCCUUGAGAUGUUUCUACAACUUGAUUGGAGUCCACCUGUGGUAAAUUCAAUUGAUUGGACAUGAUUUGGAAAGGCACACACCUGUCUAUAUAACGUUCCACAGUUGACAGUGCAUGUCAGAGCAAAAACCAAGCCAUGAGGUUAAAGGGAUUGUCCGUAGAGCUCCGAGACAGGAUUUUGUCGAGGCACAGAUCUGGGGAAGGGUACCGAAACAUUUCUGCAGCAUUGAAGGUCCCCAAGAACACAGUGGCCUCCAUCAUUCUUAAAUGGAAGAAGUUUGGAACCACCAAGACUCUUCCUAGAGCUGGCCGCCCGGCCAAACUGAGCAAUCGGGGGAGAAGGGCCUUGGUCAGGGAGGUGACCAAGAACCCGAUGGUCACUCUAACAGAGCUCCAAAGUUCCUCUGUGGAGAUGGGAGAACCUUCCAGAAGGACAACCAUCUCUGCAGCACUCCACCAAUCAGGCCUUUAUGGUAGAGUGGCCAGACGGAAGCCACUCCUCAGUAAAAGGCACAUGACAGCCCGCUUGGAGUUUGCCAAAAGGCACGUAAAGACUCUCAGACCAUGAGAAACAAGAUUCCCUGGUCUGAUGAAACCAAGAUUGAACUCUUUGGCCUAAGGGGAUUCUUUUUCAGUGGCAGGGACUGGGAGACUAGUCAGGUUCGAGGGAAAGAUUAAGCAAAGUACAGAGAGAUCCUUGAUGAAAACCUGCUCCAGAAUGCUCAGGACCUCAGACUGGGGUGAAGGUUCACCUUCCAACAGGACAACGACCCUAAGCACACAGCCAAGACAACGCAGGAGUGGCUUCGGGACAAGUCUCUGAAUGUCCUUGAGUGGCCCAGCCAGAGCCCAGACUUGAACCCGAUCUAACAUCUCCGGAGAGACCUGAAAAUAGCUGUGCUGUGACGCUCACCAUCCAACCUGACAGAGCUUGAGAGGAUGUGCAGAGAAGAAAGGGAGAAACUCCCCAAAUACAGGUGUGCCAAGCUUGUAGCGUCAUACCCAAGAAGACCCGAGGCUGUAAUCAAGUGCUGAGUAAAUAGUCGGAAUACUUAUGUAAAUAUUAUAUUUCAGUUGUGUUUUUUGUUUUUUUGCAAAAAAAUAUAAAAACCUGUUUUUGCUUUGUCAUUAUGGGGGUAUUGUGUGUAGAUUGAUGAGAAGAAGAAAAAAAACAAUUUAAUCAAUUUUAGAAUAAGGCUGUAACGUAACAAAAUGUGGAAUUAGCCAAUAUUUUCAGAAUGCACUGUACACAUACUGCAUGUAUCAUCUCAUUGGUUUGGUUUUAUUGCUCCACCUUCCAUCUGGAUUCAAUAGCCCAGAUGUAAACAAUACAGUACAUUGUGGAAUUGGCUCAAAUAGCACUUGCAAGGUGUAGUUGUGUCCAUUUCCAUGGUAAUUAAUCAGUGACUCAUUGUUUUGGGGACAAGUCAUUCACAGAAAAAAGACUUAGCGAAAGGAAUACUAAUGGAUGGAAUACAGGCUGCACCAUAGAGAGGACAUAUGACAUUUAUUAUAGCCACUGAAUAACUGACAAAACAGCAUCCAUUUACAUUUGUUUUUCACUUUAUGGAAAGGUGGGAAGGGUUGUCUAUGUAAGACUGGUAAUUCUAGUCUGGAUACAGGUUUUGAUUGAAUAAUGUCCUUACCUUAGUUUACUGUACACCAACUCUGCUGUGAUGUCUUCCAGAAGCCCUUCCUUGCUGAUGAACACAGGGUGGACUAUGUGCAGGUGGAUGAGAAAAAGACUCAGGCCCUGCAGAACACUAAGAUGGAGUGGAAGGAUGUCCGGCAGUCUAAAGUGUAAAUCAGAUGGAGAAAAAGUAAGAUGGGAUAAAACACAAAUACUUUCCAUUUCACAAAACAAGCGGAGCAAAUGCAACAUCAGGUUCUUUCAUGUACAAAAUAAAAGCACUUUGAAAUGCAUCAGAUAUAAACAUCUAUGAGAGAAGAAAGUAGACGUGUUGUCAAAGAAGGUUUAAAUUACUGGUUUGUAGUUUGGGGGCAUCAAAAUUCACUAUAAAAAUAUCACAUCAAAGUUACACUGUGAAUGUCACCUUACCAUGCACUGGGUCACAAUGCUGUUUUUGUAUAAAAUGUUAUGCAAUGAAAAGGACAUUGAUCAUUGCUCAUUCUUUCGCUGAAACAGAUUGUAUGGAUUCUUAAUUCACAGGAAUUCAGGGAUUAUGUUUUUAUAUGAACAAUGGUCUGAGUUUGAGAUCAUCUUAAACCAAAUGAACACGUGUCUAAGUG